GCUUGCCGUCCUUCUUGAACGUCGCACGGGCAACCAAAUCAUUGUCCACAUGUGGUGUUGGUGAAAUUUUGCGAAUUUUCCGGUGAUUUUUGGAUAGUUUUGUGCACGAAAAUACCACCCGAACCGCUGCAAGAUGGCCAAGUUUGAUUUGACGGCGAAAAAUUGCCAGUAUCUGGACCGGCAUCUCACUUUUCCGCUGCUGGAAUUCUUGCUGCAGAAGAACAUCUACGACCAAACGUCGCUGCUGAAGUUUAUCCUGGAAACGGUCAGCAAAACCAACAUGGUUGACUACACCAUGGAUAUCCGCGAGCGCUUAAAUAUGGGCACCGAUCUGCCCGAGGAGCUGAUCAAGCGCCGCUCCAAUGUGCUGGUCAAGCUGAAGGAGCUCCAAACGGAGGUUGCUCCGCUGAUGAAGUGUAUGGAGGAGCUGAAGAAUCCGGACACGAUGAAGGACUCCAAAUCGAUCGUGCACGCUCUGCAGCAGGAGUUUGAUUUCGUAACUUCCUACGAUAUCAUCAAGAGUGCACAAAAGCUGGCCAAGUAUCUGUACGAGUGCGGCAACUAUCGUGAUUCCAUCUCCUAUCUGUACAUUUGUCUUCUGGUCAUGGAGCCUACCGAUAAGAACUACCUGAAUGUUCUGUGGGGUAAACUGGCGGCUGAGAUUCUUACGCUCAACUGGCAAACGGCCCUGGAAGAUCUUACGCGUCUACGGGACUUCAUCGAUAACAACAACUUUUCUCCCAUUGAGGUGUUGCAGCAGCGCACCUGGUUGAUUCACUGGAGUGUGUUGGUUUUCUUUAACCACGCUAAGGGACGGGACCUAAUCAUUGAGAUGUUCCUGUACAAGCCGCUCUAUCUGAAUGCUAUCCAAACCAUGUGUCCUCACAUCUUGCGUUAUCUCGCAACUGCUGUUAUCAUCAACCGUGGGCGACGAAAUGCCUUAAAGGAUUUGAUCAAGGUUAUCCAGCAGGAAUCAUACACUUACCGGGAUCCAAUUACGGAGUUUUUGGAACAUCUCUAUGUAAACUUCGACUUCGAGGGUGCUCGUAUGAAGCUGCACGAGUGCCAGACUGUUAUCAUCAAUGAUUUCUUCAUCAUUGGUUGCCUGCAGGAAUUCAUCGAGAACGCUCGGUUGAUGAUUUUUGAAACAUUCUGCCGGAUCCAUCAGUGCAUCACUAUCAGCAUGUUGGCAGAAAAGCUCAACAUGGAACCGGACGAGGCCGAAUGCUGGAUCGUCAACUUGAUCCGAAACGCUCGGUUGGAUGCCAAGAUCGAUUCCAAGCUUGGCCACGUUGUCAUGGGAACGCAACCUCUCUCUCCGUAUCAGCAGCUAGUAGAAAAGAUUGACUCACUUUCGGUCCGCUCCGAGGCGUUAACUGUGCUAGUCGAGCGCAAGCAGAAAGCUAAAACCCAGGAAUCUGGCGAAGGAAACUGGAAGUAUUACUGAUAAACUUACAUAAAUACCGCGAGUUAUCCAAAAGCUCAGCCCAUUUUCAGCCACUGUGGUACAUAGAGAGAGAAAUAAAGCGUUCCAACUUCUAACAACAACAACAACAUCCAUAAAGUGUAGCACUUUGGCAGAAUUUAUUCUACUGCUAUUUCAACAAAAUGACUAUGAAAACUGUUUGUACAACAUUUAGAGUUUUGAAUAAAUUUAAUUGGGGUACACACAAACAA